AUGUGGAAUAAUGUCCUGAACGAAAAAAAUAAAGUUAUUGAUCUUAAAGCUGAAACGUUUACCACAAAUUUAGAAAAAAAUCAAAAUGUUGCACAGUGGUUGGAAAACCAAAACUUUGAUAAAGAUAAUGAGUCGCCAGUUUCAUCGUGUUUAGAUCAAGUUCAAAAUAUACUUUACCAAACUGAAAUGUUUCUAGAAGAACUGAGAAACAAUGAACCAACGGAACUCAUGCCGGUGCCCAUUUUUAAGAUCCAAAAAAGUAAAACCAGUGAUGACCCAAAUAUUGGAACCCCUAGGAAAAGUCCAAGUGAUUUUUUAGCCGACGAUAAUGUACAAGAUCCAGAUUUUCUACCCAACAUUGAUAAGAUCAAUAAUUAUGAGAAAAUUGAUAAAAUAGCAGAAAAACAAACAAGCGGUGAUGAAAUAGAGAUUGAAGAAAUCAUAAAUAAUAAUAGUGAAAACGUGGAAGAAAUAAAAAAAAACGAUUUACGUCGAAAAAGAAAAAAGCGAAUAAAAAAUAUGGACUGUUGGAAAAGAAACUUAAAAAAACAAAAAAUUAAUUCAGGAAAGGAAUAUGUUUCUAGACUAGGAAAGCUGCACAAAGCUAAGUCUGUACCAAAAACUUGUGGUGAAACAUGUUUAGUUAAAUGCUCAGAGAAGGUUCCAGCAAAAAUUUGUAGGAAAGACUUAUUUAACACCUAUUACCAGCUUGCUGAUAAGACUCUUCAGAGAGAGUUUUUAUCUCGUCACAAUGAAAAAAGGCCAAACAAAUCUGAAAACAAUAUAAAAGGAAAACAUUUACGUGUGCAUACUUUUUUAACGUUAAUGAUUAAAAAGUUAGGGUUUGCACAAAAGAACAACACUCUUUAAAUCGACCAAAUAAAAUUAAUGCAAAUUUGAUUGCAGAUGUAAUAAAACAUAUUAAUAGUUUUCCGAGGAAAGAGUCCCAUUAUUGUAGGGGUUCUACAGAACGAG